AUGGAAUCACAAUUCCUCUUCACCAUCCUCUCCAUCUUGCUCUCCUCCAUUUUCUGCGUUUCAGCCUUCAGCCCAUUCACUGUUUACUUUCUCAAUUGCGGCUCCUCAAGCAACCCUUCAAACAUCUCCUCCUCAACCUCCAACAGUACUGUAUCACUCAAACCUCUCCCCUCCCUCCAUGCCGAUAUCCCUGCUCGAGUCUUCGCUUCAGACUCACGAGUUCUCCCCUCCUCCUCAACCUCCAACAGUACUGGACCAGGCACAAACCCAAUUAACGUCCAACCCAACUCUUACCACAACACUGCCAGGCUCUUCAACCAAACCUCUUCCUACACCUUCCCCCCAAUCAACACCACAGUCACCCAUGUCCUGUCCUGUGGGAAGAGAUCCACCCAUGUUGGUAUCACUGUUAUCAUAAUUUCAGCUGUUGCUGCUACAUUGGUUAGUCUCAUCGUGAUAUCAAUCACCAUCAUCAUCUUGAUGCGCAAGAGAACCAAACCGACACCAUUAAACCCGAAAGCAAACACCACAGCUGCAGUCUCCCGUCCCCCUCAGCAUAACGACAGCAUAAACAAGUGCAGCAACGGAGCAACACCAAGAAUGAAGAUGGAGCUGGAGCUCUACAUCCCUUUAUCCAACAUCAAGCUCGCAACCAAUGGCUUUGACGAGUCACUUGUCAUUGGUCGUGGUGGCUUCGGAAAGGUCUACAAAGGUAUUCUCUCUAACGGCACGAUGGUUGCAGUGAAGCGAGCGACGGGUAAGUCGAGACAAGGUUACCCUGAGUUUGUGAACGAGAUCAAUCUCCUCUCAAAGAUCAGGCACCGACACCUCAUCUCAAUCAUUGGGUACUGUGAUGAAAUGGGAGAGAUGAUCCUCGUCUAUGAGUUCAUGGAAAACGGGACACUAAAAUACUACUUGUAUGGCUCAACAGAUUUGCCAUGCUUGUCAUGGAAACAGAGGUUGCAGGUGUGCAUUGGAGCUGCCAGAGGGAUGCCUUACCUCCACAAUGCUCACUCUCCGGUCAUCAUUCAUAGAGAUGUGAAAUCAGUCAAUAUACUGCUCGGGCAUGAUUUACUAGCUAAGAUCUCAGACUUUGGAAUCUCCAAACUAGGUCCUUUACUAGGAGAAAAUACUUAUGUAAGCACUGGAGUGAAGGGGAGCUUUGGCUACUUCGAUCCAGAGUACUUUACGAUGACGAAACUCACAACAAAAUCAGAAGUUUACUCUUUUGGUGUUGUUCUAUUGGAGAUUUUAUGUGCCAGGCCUGUGAUUGAUCCCAGGUUUAAGGACGAGGCGGUCAACCUUGCUGACUGGGCUUUGCAUUACAUGAAGAAAGGAAAACUUGACAAGAUCAUUGACGUAAGACUGGGUGGAGAGAUCAACCCUAAGUCAUUGGAGAAGUUUGGGAAGAUUGCUGAGAGGUGCCUGGCCAAGUAUGGUGAUAAUAGGCCAACUAUUGGAGAUGUUUUGUGGAACUUGGAGUAUGCUCUGCAUCUCCAAGAAACAGAGCUGAUAAGAGAGCCCCACGAGGACAGUGGAAUUGUGGAUAGCCAAAUCCAAUCUCUGAGUUUAGUGAGAAGAAUGCUUUCUUCUUCCACAGACGUUGAUGAAGAUAAUAAUGCAUGUGAUUGAGAUGAGCGGUGAGCAAUUGGAUGUGCAUCCCUGAAAGGUAUCAUCAUGCUUGAGGUUUUAUUUUGAUCAAUAAUAAUUAUGUUUGAUAAUAGUACCAUAGUGAACAGCAAAUACUGGUGGUUGA